AUGGCGAGGGGGAGGCCAAUAGAUUUACAUGGACCAUUGACUACUUUCAGUUCCCAUUCCCUGAAACAUGUUUUUGCAUUCAGUGAAGUGAGGGUUGAAGGUUUGGAGACCUUGGACUAUCUUGACAACUUGCAAUCCAAGAAUCGUUGUACUGAACAAGGAGAUGCAGUUGUAUUUGAGUCUGAAGUGGACAAGGUAUAUUUGAGUGCUCCGCCAAAGAUUGUGAUCAUUGACCACGAGAAGAAAAGAACAUUUGUUUUGAGGAAAGAGGGACUUCCUGAUAUUGUUGUUUGGAACCCUUGGGACAAGAAGGCCAAAGCAAUGCCAGAUUUCGGGGAUGAGGAGUACAAGAGCAUGCUAUGCGUGGGGGCUGCAGCUAUUGAGAAGCCAAUUACUUUAAAGCCAGGUGAAGAGUGGAUAGUAAAGCAGGAAAUUUCUUAUGUACCAUCCAGUUACAGCAGCGGACAAUUGGAUCCUGAACUGAUUCGUCGAAUGCACACAAUAUAA